CGAAGAUACAUUUAAAUCAGAAACUCGUAGAAAUCUUCUAAAAAUAUAUAAUUUACAAUAAGUGUGUAAAAUAUUAGUCUAAAGAAUUUGAGGCAAAUGAAUUUCUUUAAAUAGAAGUUAAACUACAUUAGAUAAUACUUUUCUAAUAUUCUCAGGCCAUGGUCUAAAUAAUAUAGCUUUUCAAAUCGCAGACAAUAAGUGUUUUAAUAAGCUCAUUCCAAAAUAUUUUAAAAUCAUGCAUUUUACAGAAAUCUCUUGCUUAUAGGAAUUCUUAGCUCAUAUUAUCACAAGUAGAUUGUUUAGUGCAUUGAAGAUGAUUAAAUAUAAAAAGCGAGAAAAACUAUUGAAAUAUAAAUUAAUAAAAUGAAAAAGGAAUUCGGUACUUAAAUGGCUGCCUUUCCUGAAAUAAAAUAUACUACUAGAGGUAAUUGGUAUGUGAUGGAAUUUAUUGUUGAUCAAAGAAAUUGUGAUUUAUUUUAACUAUUUAUUACUGCAGUUACUACUUUAGAGAAGAAAGACAAAUCAGUCUUUGUAUUCAAAAAUAUGCAAACUGCUAAAGAUGGAAAUAUGCUUACUUUAUAAAUCGAUUUCGAAGAAAAAAAGGAGAAACAAAACGGAAGAGUAUACAAUAAAGGAACUAUAUGUGUAACAGGAGAGAUGAUUUCUGAUAGACCUGGCUUUAAAUUUUCUAUUGAAAAGACUGAAGAAAUAUCUGAGACAGAUAUGGAAGCAGUGAUUAAUGUCUAUAGGACAGCUAUUUAGCCUUAAUAGCAUUCUUUUGUUAAAGACAGAAUGAAAGCAGCUCCAAAUUAAUUUGGUAGCAGUGACCCUAAAAAUUAAAGCAAGUAAAAAUCUUAAAGAGAUUAGUAAAAAGAAAGAACUGAUGCAAUUAAUAAAUUAGAAGAACUUGGAGUUUCUGUUUUUCUUCCAGAUGCAAAAUAAAUUAAUUUAGAUUGGGAUUAUUUGGCUGGCUACGAGUAGUAAAAAAGAGAUAUUGAAGACACAGUUUUAUUGGCUUUAUAAUAUCCAGAAAUAUAUGAUUAAAUAACAGCUGCAACUAGAAUGAAGCAAGAACCUAACAGACCAAAGGCUGUUUUAUUUGAAGGGCCACCAGGUACUGGUAAAACAACCUCUGCUAAGAUUAUUGCUCAGUAAGUCAGCAUCCCACUUAUAUAUAUGCCUCUUGAGUCAAUCAUGUCAAAGUAUUAUGGUGAAGCUGAAAAAAAGUUUGCAGAUUUAUGGGAAGCCACAAAAAUGUUAGGAAAAUCCAUCAUAUUUAUCGAUGAAAUAGAUGCUAUAGCUGGAACUAGAGAUUCUGAAAUGCAUGAAGCUUCUAGAAGAAUUUUAUCUACUUUACUAAGAAAAAUUGACAGUUUUGAAAGCUCAUCAGAUGUUCUUUUAGUUUGCGCUACAAAUCGUAAAUAGGACUUAGAUCCUGCAAUGCUAUCUAGAAUUGAUAUGAGCAUCAAAUUUGAAAAACCAGAUGUUCACUCAAGAUAAGCUAUUUUUAAAAGAUAUGCAAAGCAUUUAUCAGAGGAUCAGUUAAGAUAAUUAGCAGAAAAUUCAGAAAACUUGUCAGGAAGAAAUAUAUCUGAUAUUUGCAAAGAUGCUGAAAGAAGAUGGGCAAGUAAAUUAAUUAGAAAAUUAGUAGAUCAAACUGUUCCUGAUGUUGACCAAUACAUAGAGGCACUCCAUAACAGAAAAUACUAAAAUCUAGCCUGA